UCGAUGCCGGCCCCCAUGGAGGAAGCGAAGCGGCUGCACGCGCGCUUGCUCCGCGGGGGCGCGCGCCGCCUGCAGCCGCUCCUCCUCCGCGUCCUCGCCGCUGGCGACCACCGCUACGCCGCGCUCCUCCUCGCCUCCUACCCUUCCGCGUCCUCUCCCCACUCCGCGCCGCUCCACGACCGCCUGCUCCACGCGCUCGCUAACUCGCUCCCGCGCCCGAGCCCGCUCCUCCUCCCCACCUUCGCCCGCGCCCACCGCCUCCGCCUCCUCACGCCUCUAUCCUUCACAUUCCUCCUCUCCUCCCCCGCCGCCGCCUCUCACGCGCCCUUCGCGCUCUGCUCCCACGCGCUGCUGGUCAAGUCCGGCCACUUCGCGUCCGGCGACCCCUUCCUCGGCUCCGCGCUCGUCUCCUUCUACGCCAAGAGCCGCCUCCUGGACGAGGCCAGGCGGGUGUUCGACGAAAUGCCGCGCAGGGACACGGCCGUGUACAACGCGCUCCUGUCGGCCUACGCGAGGUGCGGCCUUGUCGACGCGGCGGAGAAGCUGUUCGGGGAAAUGACGGAGAGGAACGUGGUUUCCUGGACCGCGAUGGUGUCCGGUUACGCGCAGAACGGGCGGCAUGAGGCGGCGGUGGAGACGUUCCUGGAGAUGUGGGAGGGGGCCGGUGUGCAGCCAAAUGAGCUGACCGUGAGCAGUGUGCUGCCUGCAUGCGCGGCUGUCGGGGCGAUGGAGCUGGGGACGAAGGUGGAGGAGUACGCCAGGGGUAAAGGACACCUGGGGAAUGUGUUCGUGACAAAUGCACUGUUGGAGAUGUAUGCGAAGUGUGGAAGCAUUCAAAGAGCUUGGCAGGUGUUUCAGGGGAUUGGUCAUCGGCGAGAUCUGUGUUCUUGGAACACAAUGAUCAUGGCCUUUGCGGUGCAUGGUCUGUGGAUGGAAGCCCUUGCCUUGUUCCAUAAGCUGAGGAUGACAGGGGUCAAGCCAGAUGGUAUUACAUUUGUUGGAGUCAUCUUGGCUUGCACUCAUGGUGGCUUGGUGGAUGAAGGCAAGCUAAUCUUCAACUCGAUGGAAGCAGACUUCAGUAUUAAUCCAAGAAUUGAGCACUAUGGUUGUAUGGUUGAUCUGCUUGGGCGUGCUGGUCUCUUGAAAGAAGCUUACAGUAUGAUAAUUAGCAUGCCAGCGGAGCCUGAUGCCGUCAUUUGGGGAGCCUUGCUUGGUGCCUGCAGCUUCCAUGGCAACAUAGAACUGGCAGAAACAGCGGUGGACAAACUCAUGUAUCUUGAGCCACAAAAUACAGCAAACCUAGUGAUCCUUUCCAACAUAUACGCGUCAUCUGGUAAAUGGGAUGGUGUUGCCCAGGUCUGGAAGUUACUCAAGGAGAAAGACCACAAGAAAUCAGCUGGGUACAGCUUCAUUGAAUUAGAUGGCAGGAUGCACAAGUUCCUUGUUGAGGAUAUGUCACAUCCAAUAUUUGAGGAGAUAUACAAAACCCUGGAUAGUGUCACAAUGAUCAUGAAGCUUGUUAACUUAGAAAAUAUGGAAGAAGUGGUAGGCUGUUUUUGUUACCUCUAGUUAUGUAGCAUGUAACCCCCUGGAGAUGCGAAGAAACUGUGGUAAUGUUCUCUGAGAUUGCCCAUGAACUUCUUGCUCUGAGCUUUCAUAUCAAACUGACACACAAAGGAAUUGAUCAAGGUGGCAAACUGGCAACAGAAGAGAUGAGAAAUCAAGUGAAUGCAUAGCACCACCUUGGACAUCGACUCUUCUCUUUUUUCCUAUAAAUCAAAAUCGAUGUUUAUCUUGUGCUUGCUAUUAAUGGUUGCAAGACCAUACGGCGUAUUGCAGAUAAACCAUGGAAGAUCUAGCCCAAGAAGGUACCAGCUCACACAAAGAAACUUCAGACUAGUUAAAAUCAUCAGGCUAUGGCACUCUCAUUGGAUUCCUCAGAUUUAUAAUGAGGAAUGGGUGCUAUCGUCGUUGUGCCCACUGUGUUCUUGGUUUCCCUUUACACUCACUUUCAGAUAUAGUUUGGAGAUCUCCCUCGUCUUUGCUGGGAACAGGGAAAAUUCAGAAGCCUCAUUUGUCGUUGAUCCACCUGUAUAUUUUGCCAUGCUUUCGUGGAAUUAGCUUGAGCUACUUUGGUGCUUGAGAAGAUAAAACUGCAACUUUUUUAUGAGCUGUGUACAUCAAUCUAGAUAUCGUAAGUGGCCACUGCCUAAGUUGUGUGUGUGAACAUACUAGCAGAAACAAGGAAACAGAUGUGUUCACAUAGGACACUGGUCAAUGUGCUUGUGAAGAACACUUCCAUUCAGGAUUUCUAUUCUUUUGGUCGGUUGGAGUAAUUCUCAAAUGGGAUUAUUUCUUGGCAUUUCUCAAGAACUUCUGAUGCAAGAGAGGUGUGAUUUAUGACCAUUGAUAGCAUAUUGGAAUCAAGAGCUACAGAAUGCCAAUUGGAUGCUUUUUUGUAUAAUUGUAUGUGUAUAGUAUCUUCAGAAACCAAACGGAUAAGCUGAAUGGAGACUCUGGGAAAAUAAUGACUAUUCUGAGUCAUGAGAAGUUGACACCUGAUGUCUUGAAA